UUUCUUUUGACUGUCUGAAGUGUGGUUAGAAGACUUUGCUUAACCUUUUUAACAUUCACCUCAGUAAAUUUCCAGGCAUAAGAUGACAGUGUGGUGCGGCAAUUGAUUUCUGUUGCUGAACACAAAGCAGAGACAGACAAGUGUCUAGUUGAAAAUUCGAAAAAAGCAUUUGGGACAUAUUCCUCUGAUCUUCACCAUGGCAACACCCAUCGGUCAAACCGCUUUCCGUCCUAAAGCACAGACACUCUCAGUUUACAAACAGAUGGAAGAGGACAAUGCCAGGCUGAUUCUAAAGUACAAAAAAGACCUGGAGACAUACAACAAGCAGCUAAAACAACAACUACAGGAAUGUAAGGUGGCCCUCCAGCAAGGUUCUCACCUGGAAAUCUACGACACAGAGUGUGAAAUACAUCCGUCAAUACAUCUCCCAGUGAAUCCUGUCCUGGGUACGGCCAGCUUCACACCUAACACAACUCCACAACAUCAUCUACAACUGGCCUUAGGGACAGUUACCACCUCAGGUCAAACAUCAGCUGACCAGGAUCGGUCAGUCUUAGCAUCAGGUGACCAGGAACAAUCCUCUAAACAACAACAAACAGGAGUAAAAGGGAAGAAAGCAGUGAUAAGUAAAACACUACUGUCAGAGACCAAAGUGGUGAAGGAGUGGGAGUCUCCAUGUGACAUUGUGUCUAUAUGUCCCACCACUGAUGGUCAGGUGUGGACCAGGUGUUACAGUAAAACAUUAACUCUCCUUAACAGGGAAGGUAAAGUAGUACAGGAGGUCACACACACGGCUUUCAUCAGAGACAUCAGUCUAUCACCCACAACACACACACUGUGGGUCUGUGACUGGGACAACAACAUCAUGGAGCUGGUAUCAGGACGACUUACAAACAAAUUCAGAACCAAGGAGGAACCCCAGUGUAUAUGUGUUACAGCCAGUAACCAUAUCAUUGUGGGGAUGGACCAACACAUCUGUAAAUUUACUACACAAGGUCAAAUGGUACUCACUACAAUGGCUGUAGGGACUGGGAAACCAUUAGUGUAUAUACCACGCAGGAUGUCAGAGUGUCCAGUAACAAUGUCACAGUGA